AUGGGGCUGGCUUCAGGCGUCGCUUUUGAGAAUGACUGGGUCCUCGUGCUGGUGGGGCCCCAUCGGCCCGUGCCUCUGGCAACUGCCAACGCCAUGCUCAGGCGGGUGGAGCAGAGCUGUGAGGUGGCAGCAGCGCUCAUCUUUGGAUGGCUCAUUGCAGCCUGGGGCCCGCUCGUCUGCGCCAAAGCAUGCCUCGCCCUCGUUGCACUCUCCCUCCCUGCCCUGCUUGCUCUCACUUCCCUCACCAGCUAUCUGUCCAAUGGAGCCAUCAGACCCGCAUGUGGUAUUCCUGCUUCUGCACCACGGGAAGUAUCACAGGGCGGCAUGGUAGCCGUUGUGGCAGCCCCAGCAGCAGCAGCAGCAGCAGCAGCAGCAGCAGCAGCAGCAGCAGCAAGCACCGCAAAGGCAAAUGGAGAACCAGCAGGCCGGAUGGGGACCGCAUUACGAAUGGCAGAGGCGGCAGGAUCAGCGCUGGGGAAAGCGGUGGGUGAGUUGCGGCAAGUGGUUGAGGCAGCAAAAGAAGGGUGGCGGUGCUAUGUGCAGCAGCUGGUGAUGCCUGCGAGUAUGGCGUAUGUGCUGCUGUGCUUCAAUGCUGUUCUUGCUCCUGGAGGGCUCAUGACCUCCUACCUCACGCUCCAUGGCGAGUUCAGUAGCGCGUGUGACGCCAUGGGCUUCGCGGCUACGUUCGUGUCUCCGCCACUCGUCGCUCGCCUCGGCGUUCUGCAGGCUGGCAGUGCGGCGCUGCUCUUUCAAUCGCUGCUGGUCUUCCUCUCGCUUCUCACCUUCUCGUCAAUCUCGUUUGCGCCGCCUUCUCUGCAGCAAGGCCUGCUGCUUUUCUUCCUCCUGCAAAUCGUGCUCUCCCGUGUGGGCAACUGGACAUUCGAAAUUGUCGGCGCGCAAGUCAUCCAAACGGCCGUCCCCGCCGCAUACGCUAACUCCUUUGGCUCCACCGAAAUGGCACUAGCAAGCCUGGCAGAGCUUCUCAUGUUUGCCCUCGCCAUCGUUCUCCACGAUCCGCGGUAUUUCGGCGCGCUCGUGCUCAUGUCCGUUGCUGCCGUCUUCGCCGCGGCCGCUCUCUACUGCUCCUGGCUGGCUUGGCCGGACUCGAGGCUGGGAGAGGUGUUUCCGAACCAGCCGGAGGCUUGGUGGAGGAAGGUGUUGUGUGGAGAAACGAAGUUGGAAGAAAAGGAGAGGAUAGAAAAAGCUCGGUUGGGUGAUCAAGAGAUGGAGAUUGGACGAAGCACAGGAAAUGGGAAGCCUUUCGGGGUGAAGAAGUGCGGUGGUGGUGAUCAAAAUAUGGCGAUGAUUGCUACUGCAGGGUUUCGGGUUUGA